AUCUGUGCCUCCCCACGGGCAGAGAAUGACCCAGGAGAGCAGCAGCACAGUGCUCUGGGAACGUGUGAGCCCAUCAGUCCUUGAGUCUUGGCCCACAAAUGUCGUAUGGAAAGUUGAAACCCAUCUUCUCUUGCUUUCUGUGCAGAUCCUUCCAGAGAAAGAGCAGGAGCAGAUUGUGUUAUCAGAGAUGCCAUGCCGGACUCAGGGAGAGCUGAGAGCCCGAGAGCAGGAAGAGCAGCUCAGGCAGCAGGUGGAAGAGCCACAGGAGAAUGGCCAGAGCAUCAAGGCAGAGCCACAAGCAGAGCUGCCCGAAGCUCAGAGUGCCAUCACAGAAGUGAAGAAGAGGAACCAGGAAGAGACAAGAAGAAUUCAAAAGGAGAUGAAUCUCCAUCAGCAGAGGGGUGAUCAACAAAACCAGGUGACUGAAAGAGUGGCAGUCACUCCACUUGUGAAAGAUCCUCUCUCUUGUAUUUUACAGAACUUGAAGGAACAGCUGGACACAGACUUUCAGAAAGCUCACGCUAAGAUCAUGGCAAGGGAGAAGAGGCAGGAGGAAGAAAUGAAAAUCAUCAGAGAAAAACUUAAUCCCCUCCCUCAGGCUCUACAAAAGCAAGUGAGUGAAAGAGGGAUAGCCACGGCAGUCACCACCGGCAAAGACUUCCGGCAAAUGAGUGGCAAUGAAGAGCCCCGAGGCGUGUGUGAGGCACAGGAAGUGUCCCCACCAAAGGUGCUACAGGUUGGGCAUGACCUGAAGAUGGUGCAGGAAAAGAGGACACAGUGGGGGGAGGACGAGCACUUGAACAAGGAGCUGCAAGUCAGCAUGGUCUAA